AUAGGUCCUCAGGGCCCUCCAGGAGUACCAGGUCCCCGUGGUCCACGAGGAGUACCAGGUCCCAGUGGCCCACAAGGUCGCCGCGGUCGUCGAGGUCGACCGGGUAAACCAGGAAAAGAUGGAUCGCCUGGUAUUCAAGGCCCCCAAGGAGUCCCGGGGAAAGGCAUCGAAGUAAACGUAACGGAGAUUAAUAACCUCGUUGAAAGAUUGAAGAAUUUUAAUCAAACGGAAGUAAGGUUGUUUGGUGAGUAAAUUUUAUCGAUCGAAUCCCAUGCUUUUUGAAACCCUCCUUCAUCUCUCUAACCUGAUUGAUGCAUUACAAUCCAGCUGAGAUAGCAGCGAGAAAAAGUUCGAAUGUUCUGUUUAUAUAGGAAUCCUUACAAAUAUUACCAUUCCUCGUUUCUACCCUAAACACCAUCUUAACAUUAAUUUACUCUCUAGCUGAUCUUAGGCGAAUUAAAUUCAGUUAUUAUUAAUUUUAUGCUUUACCAACAGCUCCUCCUCGUUUCUUAAACAAACCGCCUCCACUCAUUUUCAUCAAGGAAGGAGGAAAUCUGUCAAUUGGUAUUUCUGUGUCAGGAAAUCCAGUACCUAAGAUCACGUGGACUCUGCAAGAUAAAAACCAUGAAAACCAAACUCGAUACAAGGUUACCACUGACAAGUUUGAGAUAGAUGAUGUCCAUUUUGGAGAUGAGGGAGUGAUCAAGUGCCGCGCCGAAAAUCUAUUUGGUGUUCAAGAAGCCAAAGUAGAACUUACUGUAUUAGGUGAGCUGAUUAUCAAAUGCUAUGCGAAGAAGGAUCUCUUAUAGUACGUAGUAUAGUACAGGUAAAAAGUACUAUACGUAACAGUAAUUAAAAAGCCAGAGAAAAGCUCUCUUUAAUUCUAAUAUCGGUAUUUUAAGAAAGCGGAAGGAGAGGGGAGGGGGCGCUAGUUCGAAUAGGUUGAUUAUAAUGUAUUGUAACGGGCAAGAGCGCACUUUUUCGAGAAAAUUUAGCGCAGUCAACUACCAUUACUAGGACGCCAUCGAGGCUGCAGGUUAGUCUACCUAAGUCCAAGGAGAAUUGCCUUUAUUAACUCAUUGUCUUCCCCUCCUGGAAAAGGUAUUUUUGACCAUGCAACUCUGUUAUUUACAGUUCCAUAUAAAGCCAUACCUCAUUGGAAAGGGCAAAAAUUAAAUUUUCAGUAAAAAUAUUUCGGUCUCAUGAAACCCAUAAUAUUCCGCCAAAAAAAAUUAACAAGGCAUAUUUCUGCAUAAAAAAUUGUUCAAAAUUUAUAAAGAACAUUUCAAAGAGCACAUGUAUUUACACUGACCAAAACGCAAGAGGAGAAUCACAAAUCCUACCAUACAUGACAAACAAGCCGAGGUCAAGGAAGGACAGGAUAUUUACUGCAAUUGUGUUAGCAUGUUGAAAGAUUUAAAAAGAUUAAUAACCGUCGCUCAUUGUAACGAUAUAGAGAGUCCGAAUAAUAACUAACAAUUAUUAUGAAGGCGGGAAUGUCGGUAAGUCUGUAAUAGUGCAAGGUUGUUUCAGUCAAAUCUAGACGGAAUGUUUUGAAGACGAUUUAACUGCAGACCGUAAUCCGAAUUUCCGUUUAUACAGCGAGGUCUGGGGAAAGGGCAAGUUGACUGUAUAUACAGUCAACUCCCCUUAUUGUGGACACCCUCGGGACCGCGGUUCAGUGUCCACUCUGUAAUAGCAAGAGUCCGCAAUUAUAUUGUACAUUAUCUCCAGAACCAAUUGCAGUGCAGUUUUCGCUUAAAAAGAGCGUCAGAACUUUAUUUAGAAACAAGACAAAUCGUAACAGAACAGAAUUUGCAUCUCCCUUUCUUUCACCACAACAGUCACUGAAAAAUUUGUAGUACAAAAAAACCAGAAAGUACGGUACUAGAAAUUAAAAUCCAAUUUAUGUACAUUAAGUGCAUCGUGACUGUUUUUUGGAAGUAAGUAUGGUAGUUUCAUAGAAGGAUCACGUUAAACGGGAAUCGGAAAGUUCACUUUUUAACCAAAGUGACAGGGACGAAGAGAACAAGAGGAAGAAAUAAAUUAUAAUCUGAGAUAAUUCUGCCAAAAUGUUCAAAAAUGCUGAUUGAUAUCCUUUGUAACCAGAAUAGAACAUAAAAUUGUGCUGUUGAGACCGAGAAAGGUGUCGGUUAGUCCGUAAUAAUGGGAGUUUGUUUCAGUCAAAUGUCUGUAAUUUUUGCCGCAGAUUCAGCAGCUGUCCGUGUAAGGGGGGUGUCCACCGUGUCGGUAAGGGCAAGGUGUCCGGAAAGGGCGAGUUGACUGUAUGAGACCCUCUAUGUGCACUUAUUUUAAGGCUCAUCAUGCAGGAGAUUGGAGAUUUAACGCGGCAGUCUUCAAGCAUGAGGUGUACAACCCAAGUAAAGCAUAAAAUCUUACACUUUAUUUAUCUUGAAGGUCCCCCGAAGUUCCCCAAGCCUAUUCCAGGAGAGGUGACUGGCUUUCUGGGAAAAGAAACAAAGUUACGGUGUGACCUCCUUGGAAACCCCGCCCCUGAUGUUCAGUGGUCUAGAUCUCCUCCGGUCCCUCUACCUCAGGGACGCACUGAGGUGAGAAAGGACGGACUAUACAUUAAAAACACCCAAAGCAUGGACAGCGGUGUCUACACGUGUUUUGCCACAAAUAUGUAUGGUUUGGUCUUUCAUGGAACAUUUCUCAACGUCAAGGCAGUUGGUAAAUAAAAGCCUUAAAUUCUUAUCCGUACCAAUAACUCCUUAUUUUACGUGUUUAAUCCAGUCCCUGUAGGUUUUAGCAUCCUUAGAAGUUCAUUGAGUGUAAAGUUUGAUGACUCACGAAAGACACCAGGUCUAGCUAGAUUUUCCUUUAAAGGUGGCGUUCAUCUUGAUUCCGUUGACAGUGACUUGUACAACUUAGUUUCUUGUUUUAAACAGCAAAUCUUAAAAUUCGAUGUAUUUGUAUAACACACCCACUCAAAAAUUGGCAGAUAUAAAUGCAUUUUAGGAGCUUUUUUUCCAGUUAUUAGAAUUCCACUGAUCGUUGGGCCAACUCCUAAAAAUAUGUAAGACACGCAUUACAUUACAGAAUUACUCCUCAACAAAGUAAGUCAUUCUCAAGCCAGGUGCAUACUCAGCAAUAGGAAACAUUAAUAUGUAGUGCAAGGAUGUGAGAAAAAAGCACUUACACAGGUCUUUUUAUGUUAUCCCAACCUAGAAAUUCCUGUAUUUACCUCAACACCUUCAUCCUCAAUCAACGUAUCUAGUAUCGGGGCAUCGGUACGAGUUAACUGUUCCGCAAGAGGUUCACCUGUACCCAAAAUCAGGUGGUACAAGAACAAUGUUAACGUACCUGUAAUCAAUAACGUUACUAAAGAUGAAGUCACCGCCGAGCUUGUGAUUGGUCAGUUCCAACCCUCAGACCAGGCCACGUAUACUUGCGUUGCUCGUAACGUGUAUAAUAAUGAAGUGAAGACAACUACAAAGAUAGGUAAGGCGCUAUAACAUAAGUCCAUUUUUUUUUCUGUCUUUUAUUCUAAUUAUUAUUAUUAUUAUUAUUGUUAUUAUUAUUAUUAUUAUUAUUAUUAUUAUUUAAAAGAGUCACCAUAUGAUUCCUUAAAAGAUGUCUGGAAAUCGUUAAGCUGUCACACUAAUAUUCAAUAUGAUAUGUACAAAUCCACUAGGAAAGUUCUUAAAGAUUUUCGUUUUAAUCAAGAGGAUAAACUGCAACACCACCUAACAUCUCAACGUUUCUUCUUCUCAAAUUUUAUCAAGUAUUCAUUGUCAUCUGUUAAUUCUAUUUGGUCAGAGGCCCAGUCUCAUCUACCCAAGAACAUUUACAAUUUUACCAUCCGCUACAUCAACAACUCCCUCCCUACACGAAAGAAUAUGGCAAGAUUGGGAUUAUCACAUAGUCCUGGUUGCUCCUUUUGCCUUAAUCCUGAAUCACUCCUUCAUGUUGUCACUGGUUGUCAACAGUACCUUAAUCGCUCUACCUGGAGACACGACUCAAUCGUUAACUUCAUUGCCAAGUCACUUCAACCUGAAAUUUAUGUUCACUCUUCACAAAAGUGAUGAGAAAUCUGACGAAAAUAAGAACACUCAUUUUGACCCUUCAUUCUCAACAAAGCAGAAUGUACAUACAGAAAUUAGUACAACGCCGUUACUUUGAGAAGCUCUAGAAUAAAUCUGAUUUAUGGCUUUUAUAAUAAAAUAACUAAGAUAGUACGCGCGUUCUGAUUGGUACAAAACCUAUAGUUUAUUGCGCCGGUAAACUCAUAGAAAACUUGAACACCAACCCUUUUAAGAAGCCUGAGAAUUUCUAACCUCUUACAAGCCUUAGAUGUUAUGUAAUCUGCAUGAUCAUUCCACGACUUGUCUCAACACCCUCAACUUGUUGGCCACCAAUUAGAAGAUAUCGGACUUGUCACAAUAUUUGCAUGGGUCAUACAUAAAACUUGUAAACAUUUCCUUACACUUCUUAGGAUUGAGAGACAUCUCAUAUCUAUGGACUACUGAACUUCAUGCGCUUCACGGACAAUGCAUGAGGUCUAGAUAGCAGGCUGAUAUAUCAGAGUUUCUAGGAAUAAUAAAUAAUUGGUAUCAUCCACAUUUUUUGCCCUGAGAUUCCAGUUCCUUAAUAAUCUAUUGAUGUUUGCAGUUACGCGUUUGUGGCUUCACGUUGCCGAGAUUUCAAAGUUUAGCAAGGCGUUCAGUUCAGUUCAGUUCAUUUUUAUUUAGCCAAAAUAUAAUACAAUACAAGAAUACAUAUAGGAAUUGUAAGGUUGCAAGGGAGCCCAGAAGAAACCAGAAGGCUUAUGAAGCCUGGGCUCCCCAGUCACAAAGAAAUAUUUAAGAAAAAUAAAAUGAAAUUCGCGGAGUGAUACGUUAAAAAUAGGAACUAAACAGAGACUGAGUUACGUUAUGAAUUCAGUAACAAGAUAGGAAAAAAAUUUAACUCUAAGUUGGAACAGAAUAGUUUCUUUUGUUAGUACGGCAUAGAGGAAUAUAAAAUUGAUUUGAAUU